AUGGGACCAGCUACAGAAACGACUCGAGAACUUACUAUCUCUCACCUAAUCUCGCCUGUCACUUUGGACUGGGACAAAGAGAAAAUCCUGCAAACACUGCCAAGUUAUCUGGAGCAGAUCCUGGAGAUCAAGCUUAGCAAGCUUGGUGGAAAUGAUGAAUUUGCUUGGCUCCCCACAAACUCAGGACUAUACUCUGCCAAAUCUGGGUACUACGAAAGUGUAACAAGGAACCAAGACUCAUCUCUGCAACAAGACAUAAACAGAGACUUCAAUUGGAACUCCCAUAUCUGGAAAGCAUUGGUCUCGCCAAAAAUAAAGUUCUUCAUGUGGAAAUUGAUGAUAGGAGCAUUACCAGUGGGAGAACAACUCAGAAGCAGAAACAUCAAUCAGGAAGCUCGCUGCCCUUUUUGUGGAGGUAUUAAAACCACUAACCACUUGUUUUUCACCUGCAUCUUUGCGAGACAGGUAUGGUACUUAACGCCUUUCAAGGACCCGAUGGAUCCAGAUCAAUUCACCACGACCAGAGCACAUCUUGAAAGUCUCCAUCACAGCAUCUGUCUACCACCGGUUGGAAUUGGCUCUGGGCCGCUUCAUCCCUGGGUUAUGUGGAAGAUUUGGACGAAACGAAAUAGUCAAGUUUUCAAACAAAAACACGCGACACCAGGCGAAACGCUUAUUCAGGCAAUUACCUUAGCUCGGGAAUGGCAUGUGGCACAGAUAAACUCGUCAGACCCCCAACCAAUUCGAACCAAGCAAGUGUUCAAACCUCUGGAAUCUGACGUAGUACUGUGCAAGUCAGAUGCGGCGUGGGAUGGGACAUCGAAACUAGCUGGACUAGGAUGUGUAUUCUCCAAUCGCAGAUCGAACUACCACCUUGUAGAUUCAAGCAAAGCAGAUCACGUUAGAUCACCUCUAAUGGCUGAAGGACUGGCUGCUCUUCAUGCACUCAAACAUGCAUCAAGGCUUGGUUUCACAAAAAUCACUCUAACUUCUGACUCAACUCAACUUAUCGAAGCCAUAAAAUCGGUGACUCCACAGAAGGAGCUCCACAUGAUUCUCCAAGAUAUCCUGAUUCUAUCCUCUUCUUUUUUCUUUUGUGAUUUUCGAUAUGUCUAUCGAGAAGAAAACAUGGAAGCCAAUGCGUUAGCAAAAACUUCCCUAAUGAACUCUAUUUCCGUUUCUAUUUAG